AAGGUGUGAACGGCUCCGUUUCCCAGGAAGGGUAUGGCCAAAUCCUUUUUCAGACCACAAAAGUUUCUUCGGAGGACCCAGGUUCUGCUCUUUUUCCUCACAGCCGCCUAUCUGAUGGCAGGUAGCCUUCUCCUUCUACAGAGAUCUCGCUUGGUUCUGCAGCAAGGUUCCCGAGGCUUCUCCAGGAAUCAGGGCCUACCAGUUGCUGAGACUUUGCCAGGGGACACAAAUGCAGAGAGCAGACCAGUGCAGGUGCCUCGCUUGACUUCUAAGCUUCUCGUGAACAUGGAUACAGUGUAUGGGCCCAACCCGGACCAGAAAGAUGGACCGCGGUGGUUGAUUUCCAGAAACUCUGAAUUGAGACAGUUACGGAGGCGCUGGUUUCUCCGAUUUGUAAAUGACCAAGAACCUGUUCUGGCUUCUGGAGCAAAAACACACCUGAAGCACACCUCCAAAAGCAAAGGCACUUACAUUGGCUGCUUUGGUGAUGACUCAAGAAAAAGGACAUUGAAAGGAGCCGUGUUCCACGACUUGAGAAAAAUGACAAUUUCCCACUGCCAAGAAGCCUGUGCUGAGAGGGCUUAUAAAUAUGCCGGCUUAGAAUAUGGAGCAGAAUGCUAUUGUGGAAACCAGCUGCCAGUGAAUAUUGCAAAGCAGGAAGAAUGCAACAAUGAGUGCAGAGGGGAGAAAGGGACCAUCUGUGGAGGCAUCAACAGGCUCUCUGUUUACCAGGUGGAGGAAUCAGGGGCAGGGCCUAAACGACGGCAAAAUAUUAUCUAUCGAGGAUGUUUUAAAGUACCAGAAAAUUUAACGAACGUCUUGCCAGCCUCGUUGAUACAUUCCAAUUUGACAGUGGAGAUGUGCUCUGAAUUUUGCUCCCAAAAAGAAUUCCCUUUGGCGGUUAUUAGAAGACCUCAAUGCCACUGCGGUUUUGCAACAAUUAAUUUCCCGCUCCAUAAUAGUUCUGACAGAUCAUUUUGCAGCAGUCUUGAAAAUGUCAACAAUAGGGCUGAAGUUUCAAAUGCCGAAGACCAUCGCUUUGUUUAUCAAACUCCAGUCCAAGAUACCCGUUGUAUUGACCGGAAUUUUCUCCCCACCAAAUCAAAAGCCCUUGUUGCUUUGUCGAGCUUCCCAGGAGCUGGGAACACAUGGCUUCGCCAUUUAAUAGAGCAUGCCACAGGAAUCUACACAGGGAGCUAUUACUUUGAUGGAACUCUGUAUAAUAAAGGUUUCAAAGGAGAAAAGGACCACUGGAGAAGCAGAAGAACUAUUUGUGUCAAAACACAUGAGAGUGGCAGAAAGGAAAUUGAAAUGUUUGAUGCGGCUAUCUUACUGAUACGCAACCCGUACAAAUCACUGGUGGCGGAAUUCAACCGGAAGUGUGCUGGCCAUCUUGGAUAUGCCACAGAUCAGAACUGGAAAAGUAAAGAAUGGCCUGAUUUUGUAAACAGCUAUGCUUCCUGGUGGGCCUCUCAUGUGCUCGACUGGCUUAAAUACGGCAAGCGUCUCCUCGUGGUUCAUUACGAAGACUUAGAAGAAGCCCUUCUUCCCAAGCUGAGGGAAAUGGUUGAAUUUCUGAACAUCACAGUGACUUACGAUCGACUCCUCUGUGUUGAAAAUAACCGAGACGGGAAUUUCAAGCGGUCGGGAGCCAAGCAGAAGGAGUUUGAACCCUUCACAAAGGAAAUGAAAGAAGUGAUAGAUCAGCUUAUUGUGAUAGUGGAUAAAGCCCUACGUGAGAGGAACUUUACAGGGCUGCCAAAAACCUAUUUGCGCAGAUGAUGCCCUACAGCCAGCUUGCUGCAUUGUUAAGGAAAGACCGAAUAAUGAAAUUAAAGAAAAGGCCAGGAUUUUAUAGCAUUUAAAAGCAAGAUUUGCACAGAGUCUGCUGAUGAAUGCAAAUUCUUAAGACUUGGACAGUCUUCAGGGUACUAAGUGCUAUGAAAGGCAAGCAAUGAAGGAUGGAAAUUAGGUUAUAAACCGAGGCAAAAGCC